AUGAGCUCACCAAAGAGGCGUAUUGAGAAAGACGUCAUGGAUCUAAUGAUGAGUGACCAUGAUGUAACUCUUAUUGACGACUCUAUUCAACAGUUUUAUGUCAUAUUUCGUGGCCCAACUGAUACACCCUAUGAAGGGGGCACUUGGAAAAUUAGAGUGGAGCUACCAGACCAAUAUCCGUUGAAGUCUCCGUCUAUCGGGUUUACCAAUAAGAUUUAUCAUCCCAAUAUUGAUGAAGGAUCUGGUUCAGUGUGUCUUGAUGUUAUCAACCAAACGUGGUCUCCAAUGUUUGGUUUGCUUAAUAUAUUUGAAAAUUUCUUGCCACAUUUGCUAAGAUAUGCGAAUCCUAGUGAUCCCCUUAAUACUGAGGCCUCAAAUUUAAUGACCAAGGACGAGUCUAAGUAUAAUGAUACUGUAAAGCAGUAUGUGCAGCAGUAUGCUUUGAAUAUAAGUAACGACAAUGACGAUUAUGAUGAAGAAAGGGGUAGCAACGACGAAGAUGACGAACUCAGUGACGUUGGAAGCUUAUCAAGUGACGAUGACGAUGAGAAAGACGUCGCAGGAGACAUGGAAUUAUGA